UUGCCUUCAAUUGACCUUUUCUACACGACCGCGUUUAAAAUUAUUUAUUGGUAAAACAAUCGCAAUGUAAACCACAUAAAGAACACACCGAAGCUCGAACGAUGCAGGACUGCUCGGUCUGACUAGAAAAGCAGACAGAAAACAAUAGCGGGGCUCACCGCGAAAUCUCACGGGCUCCGAGUCCAGAAUGCGAAAAUAAUUACGCUGGGUACAAAAUGGCGAAUGUUCUCUUCUUCUCGACAUGCGCAGAACUGAGCAGAGGCUUUCCCUCGGAAAUCAAGCUUCGUUCCCAUACAUCCGUCAGCCAAUGGGCUUCGCAGAUGGGACGCUUCAGGGGGGAAUCGGCCAAUUAAAAACGUGGACAAUGCAGAACAGGAAAUAUGCAGCCAAUGGAAAGCCAGGAUGGAUUUGUUGUAUUCCCAAAUACUGAGAAUCAAAGAACACCAAUGAGAACGCGCAAUUCGCAGCGCCGCUUUUGUACUCAGCAAUCAGCUAGCGCGCUUUAGUCUGGCCAAUAGAAUGCAGUUUAUUAGACAGCCAAUCGCAAUGCUCGGAAUUUGCCCACAGCGGCUCCGGCAGCCAAUAGGGAUCCGAGAAACACAACCUCAGCUCAACAGCUUGUUAUUUCGUCUAUGCCUUUGCAACCUAGUCGAAUGCUGAGCUGAAGCAGUCAUAUAGGAGCAUCAGUCAAAACCAAUCGAGCUGGACUCCCUCAAAUAGCCAUCAAGAUGAAGGUAGCAGACGAACCUGCCUACCUGACUGUGGGGACGGAUGUAAGCGCAAAGUACCGUGGUGCCUUUUGUGAGGCAAAAAUUAAGACUGUUAAACGUAUGGUGAAAGUUAAGGUUGUGCUCAAAGGAGACAGCACCUCACAAGUUGUCCAAGAUGACCAAGUCAAAGGACCCCUAAGGGUUGGCUCAACAGUAGAAGUAAAGAGCCCAGAGGGUGGGCUUAGCGAAGCUGUCAUUAGCAAACUCACAGAUGCCAGCUGGUACACUGUAGUUUUUGAUGAUGGAGAUGAGAAAACCCUUAGAAGAACUUCACUUUGUCUUAAAGGCGAAAGACAUUUUGCGGAGAGUGAGACUUUGGACCAGCUGCCCUUGACUAACCCAGAGCACUUUGGUACACCAGUCAUUGGAAAGAAGACGAAUCGAGGUAGAAGGUCCUCCCAGGCAGUCGCAGAAGAUGAGAAGGAGUCCUCAUCAAGUGAAGAUGACGAUGAUGAUAAGAGAAGGCUUAAUGAUGAUCUUUUGGGGAAAGUGGCCUGUGUUCAGAGUGGACCCGAUGAUUCAUGGCACUGCGUCCUGGUGAUAUCUCCAAGCUGCAAUGAUGACAUAACUGUCAAAAAGGACCAAUGUUUAGUGAGAUCAUUUGCUGAUUCCAAAUUUCACACCAUUGCACGCAAAGAUGUUAAGGAGGUAAACAUUGAUACCUUUUCCAAACCGGAGUAUUCACUAAGGAAAGGGUGUGAAGCAGCAAAGCUCUUUCUACAGGGCAGACAAAUUCCUGACAGUUGGAAAGUGGACUUGAGCGAGAUCCUCGAAUCUUCCAGCAGUGAUGAAGAUGAUGAUGAGGAUGGUGAAGGCAAAGAGGGUAAAGAAGAAGAGAAGGAGCCAGAACCAGAGGAACCUGAUGAUGAGCCAGAUCCAGAGGAAAGGGACCACUUUCUACAGCAGCUUUACAAGUUCAUGGAGGACAGAGGGACACCAAUUAACAAACCUCCAGUACUUGGCUACAAGGAUCUCAACCUCUUCAAGCUCUUCCGAUUGGUACAUAUUCACGGAGGCUGUGACAAUAUUGAGAGCGGUUCUAUUUGGAAACAGAUCUACAUGGAUCUCGGCAUUCCUGUGCUGAACUCUGCUGCCUCGUACAAUGUGAAAACUGCCUACAGAAAAUACCUGUAUGGAUUUGAGGAGUAUUGCCGCUCAGCUCAGAUCCAGUUCAGGACUGUGCAUCACAAUGAGCCACGGCCAGAAGUCCAGCCGGAAGUGCAGAGCAUUAAGACUGUGAAAAAAGAGAGCGAAAACACAGAUGAGAUGAUGCAGCAGGUUACAGCGGAGCCUGGAACCAGCGAGGACAAACCUGCGGCAGACGCUGAUGAGUCAGAUGCUGAGAGCGAAAAAGGACUCAAAGAUGUCUGCUCGCCCAGGGGUCGGCGGCGGUGUAUCACAACUCCUGUGAGAGUAGAGAUGGAACCCUUAAAGCAAGAAAAAUUAAAGGAGGAGAAGAAAAAGGAAGAAACACAAAGUGUAGGAGAAAACAGCGGAGAGGAACCAAAGGAGAAAUCUGAUGGAGAAAUCCCUGGGAAACGUCGAAGCCGCCGUCAUGAAGAGUCUGAUAAGGAUUCUGAUGAGGAUGAUGAUGACAAUGAUGAAGUUCAGGACGAUGAUGAAGAUGAUGAUGAUGAGGAGGAGGAGGAGGAUGACGACGACGACGAUGAUGAUGAGGAGGAUUAUUUUGAAAGAUCCAGACUCGGGGAGCGAGACGAGAGAGAGGAGGGAGAUGACUGUGAAGACUCUGAGCACUCUCUGGCUGGGACUAAAGUCAGGGUCAAAUACGGCAAGGGGAAGACGCAGAAGAUCUAUGAAGCUAACAUUAAGAACACUGAGUCCGAUGAUGGAGAGGUUCUUUACCUGGUGCAUUACUAUGGCUGGAAUGUGAGAUAUGACGAAUGGGUCAAGGCAGAUCGAAUAAUAUGGCCUGUCGAUAAAGGUGGAACAAAGAAAAAACAAAAGAAAAAAGUGAAGAAUAAAGAAGAUGGAGAAAAGGAAAAAGAGGAGGACAAGACCAAAGUUGUUGUGCGAAGAGGUCGUCCUCCACUUAAAUCCACCCCUCCUGGCACCUCUCGUAAGACCCCCAGCAGCGAGGGUCGGUCCAGCAGCAAGAACUCACGGCCUGCAGAUGCCUCUGCCCUGCCAAAUGGAGAAGGCACUCCUCGCCGGCGAACAAGGAGAACUUCCGGGAUGUAUGAUUCUGAUAGAGGAUCAAAUGAUUCUGGAAACUCUUCAGACGAUAGCGAGGGUGAGGAAUCUCCUGAGAAGAAGCAGGAGUGGACUGAGAGAACUGAUCCACCACCAAUAGCAAAACAAGAGGCAGCUGAGGAUCUCCCAGAGGAGAGCACAACACCAGAACCUGCACCGACUGAGCCUGAACUUCCUAGCAGUCCUCAGGAGAUGCCCAACUUCAAGGAGAGCGAAAGUAAACCUGAAGAAGACUCAUCCCUGCCCCCUGCUGAGUCUGAUGUCGGAUCUCCAAAACUGAAAGCGAAGAAGCCUCGUUUGAAAGAACCAGGAUCAGAGACUCCUACACAAACACCUGCCACUGCUAAUCAUCACACAGAGACAGAGGAACCUUCCACUCCACCACGACCUGUGAAGAAAUCACAGGAAACGCCACACAGCAGUCCUGUAGAGAGAAUAAAGCUGGUAGAGACGGCUGGCUCAGACACGGACUCUGCAACAGAGGACAUCGACCCUCCAGAGCGAACCAGUGCAGCGAAACGCAAAAUCAAUGAACAGCGAACGCCGGAAAAGAAAAUUCGCUUGGACAGGAAAGAAGAACCUAAAACACCUUCUCCUGUUAAAACAUCACCACUAGAAAAGAAACCUGAGCCAGAGAAGAGGACUGAGAUUGUGCCGAAACCAGAGGAAUUAACCAAUCCAACACUGUCAUCUCCCAGCAAAGAUGUGGACAUUAAGUCUGAGAUGCCUUCUCUUACCAGAGAGGUGCACCUCAGGUUAGAAGCUCCUUGUCCAGACCUGGAGGAUCCAACAACAGUGGCAAAUGAGGAAAUGAUGCCUCAAAUUGGCCCUGAAGCUCUGGUCUGCCAUGAAGUAGACCUAGAUGAUCCAGAGGAGAAGGACAAACCCUCUUGUGAAGAGUUACCGAUAAUGAAGGAAGAGAAAGUUCUGCCUCAGCCACUGGAAUCUUCUGACCAUCUUCAUGUCCUGGCGGCAGUGGGACCACCGCGUCUGUUUUCACCAUCCUCUGCCCCCAGCCCAGACGAAUCUCACAGCACUAAGAGCGAGAGCGACGCUACCAUUGAAGUGGACAGUGUGGCAGAAUCACAAGAGGGUCUCGGAGAGAAUGAGUCGACUCAUAGCUUUGAUGCUAGUGCUAGUUCGAGUAAUUCCAGCAUCUCACUCCAGGAUCGAGAUGGAAAGGACAGAGGUCAGAAGAGGUUAUUGGAUUGCACUACAGUCUCCUCAGCCAAGAAGCAAAAACGGAGCCAGAAACGUUCAAGCGUUGGUUGUAAAACAGAGAAGAAUGGAGCAGGUCACAGUAGUGACAGUGAAGACCAGUCUGUGAUGGACGGCUCUAAUAAACUAACCCCAGUCAAGCACUCCAUCCUCCCCAAGAACCAGAAGCUUUCUCGGUCACCUGGUCUGGGUUCUCCCAGCAAUAAAUAUAUAGAGAAAGACAAGCACAAAGAGAAGCAGUCCGUCCCGUCCCCCCGCACAUAUAAGUGGUCCUGCCAACUGACUGAGCUGGACAACAUGUCAAGUGCUGAGCGCAUUUCUUUCUUGCAAGACAAGCUACAGGAAAUCAGGAAAUACUACAUGUCACUCAAGUCUGAAGUGGCUUCCAUCGACAGGAGGCGGAAAAGGUUAAAAAAGAAGGAAAGAGAAGUGUCCCACACCACAGCGUCCACCUCAUCGGGCUCCUCGGACACGGGCAUGAGUCCAUCUUCAGCUUCGCCCACGCAGAACACUGUGGCCGUGGAGUGCAGGUGAUGUCAGGCGGCAUCCGCUCCACCUCCGCCUUCCCAGAGUCCCGCUGACAGCAGCACUCGACUGCCCGGCCUCCACCUUCUGCACUUUCAGACCUGAUCCUGCCUCCACCAAACGGGAAAACGGACUCCACGCGAGGCUUGAAUGUAAAUCGAUGAUAUCAAAGCUUACGAUUGAUCCAUCCAGAGCAACACGACGGCACUUUUCACUUCACAAACGCUGAACAGACCAGGCAACCUCCUCUUACUGCUUCAGACCGGAGUUUGGAUGCAGUAGUCAAUCCUCCAGUCACAUCCCUAGGUAAUGGUCACCUUAACCAGCUGGACAUGGUUAUUCAAUGAAAGGUCAAUUGUAGUGCGCUUGUUCCAUCAGAACUGCCAAAGUAAAACGUGUUACAGCAGAGUGCCCUAUUUUGGAAAAGUAGGACAAAUCAGUUGCAAAAGGGAAUGUAGUUUACUGAAAACUGCAGCCGGCGUCUUCCACUUCUAUCUUAGUAUGCGAGCACAGAGAAUUAUGCAAAUCCUAUUUUUGUCGUCUCUCGUUUUUAAUAAAAAGAAAAAAACGUAAUAAAUAAACCGGAAAUGUUUACAGUGGAACUCGAGAUGAAACUGUUUUCAGUGGACUAAUUUCCUUUGCAAGUGCAUUUAGUCUUUUUAUAUGUAAUCGCAGAGUUUUUAUUUUUAGUAUGGAAAAUUUCGAAAUAUUCUAUCGCAGCCGUGAAGUUAUUUAAUGAAAGAUUUCUAGCGCUGAAAUUUUUUUGUGUAAAAUAAAAGGUAUUAUCUUGCAACUUGUUAAAUAUAUUUAUUCAGUCGGCGGGCGGCAUUUUUUUGUAUUUUUUACAAGAUGAGAAUCGCAGUUGUCCCGCGUUCGGUUCGCUUUGUGGGGUCGUCUUGAAACUCUCUGAAUGUGACGUCACAAUUUGGGUAACUACUGUGCAGUAAACCGAAUCCUCCCCAUUUUCCUUUUUGUUUGUUUGGGCCCAAAGCUACUUUGAGGGAACACCAGAAAUUGGUGACAUGC